CUGAUGAAGCCCUGCUCGUCCAGUAACAUCUUGACAGUGUAUUAAUCUAAUCGAAAUAGUCGAUAAGAUUUUGCAUUUGUUCCGUGGUUUAUACUUUAAUUAAAAAUGAGUAAAAUAACCGCCAAAACUGGCCCUAGUCCGGAUACGAAUGAUUUCCAAGAAGUUGAAGUGCCAGUUCCAUGGGGAAAAAUUUGUGGAAAAUGGUAUGGUCCUAGGAACGUCCAACCGAUUCUCGCAAUCCACGGUUGGCAAGAUAACUGCGGCACAUUUGACAGAUUAGCUCCUAUUAUCCAAAAAGAAGGUUUCCCAAUCUUCUGUAUCGACCUUCCCGGUCACGGUUACUCUACCCCUUAUCCCAAAGGUCUCGUUUAUAACCAUUGGUACGAUGGGGUAUACAUCAUCCGAAGACUUGUCAAAUUUUUCGGUUGGAAAAAAAUUACCAUAAUAGGACAUUCCUUGGGUGGGGGAAUGGCCUACUUAUACGCCUCAACUUAUCCCGAUGAAGUGGAAAAGUUCGUCAGUUUCGACAAUUGUAGCCCCAGUUUUAGGAAUCCUAAGAAGGUACUGGGCUUAGCUGCUGCGAACAUAGAUAAACUGUUCGAUUACGAAAAGGGUUCCGAGGAUUCUCUUUGUUACGAUUAUCCAGAAAUGUUGAACAUCUUCAUAGAGGGUCAUCACGGUUCUUUGGACGUGGAUAGUGCUGAGAUGUUACUGAGACGCGGACUGAAGCCUUCUCCGGACAAGGAAAAUUGUUUCGCUUUCACAAGAGAUCCUAGAUUGAAAAUCGAUGCCUUCACUUUCUUCACCAUAGACAAACUUCUAGAUUUCUCCGCUAGGAUAACUUGUGAAGUAUUGAACAUAAGGGCGGAUGAUGGUAUGAAAUUCGACAUGGAUGAAUUCUACGAUCACGUUUUAGACCCGAUUGAAUCUUCGUCUAAGCGAUUCGAGAGGGUUGUUGUCGAAGGGAAACAUCACGUUCACUUAACCGGCGUCGAUAUUGUGGCACCAAUUGUUUUGAACUUCUUAAAAACAAGUGCCGAUUAGAAAAAUAACUUUUGUAUUAAUUACGUUGAAAUUAAAGAUUUUUAAGGACA